AUGCUUGUAAGCACGCUUCACGUAUAUAUCCGUCUGGUCGUUCCUGCGCAUGCGCGUGAAUCACCACUUCCGGGAUUGUUGAUGCCUCCGAAGGUGAAAUUUCAAGAUGGAGAGAAAGUGUUGUGCUACCAUGGGCCGUUGAUUUACGAAGCGAAGUGCAUGAAGACGCAGAGUGGGAAGGAGAAGGAUGUUGAGAAGGGAACGAAGUUUCUUAUUCAUUAUAAUGGGUGGAAGAAGAGUUGGGACGAGUGGGUUUCAGAGGAUCGUGUCCUCAAGUACACAGACACCAAUCUUCAAAAACAGAAAGAACUCAAACAGCAACAUCGAAACGAAGUGAAAGAGAAACGAGGGAAAAGGAAGCUAGAAACGAAAGGUCCUAAAAGAGAAGGCGAAGGUUUACCUCGACGAAAACGAGGAAGAUUUGGUGUUGUGAUAGGAGCUCUGCACAGUCGGAUUGAGAUGCGUGUCAAUAUACCCGAAGGCCUGAAACAGUGUCUGCUGCUGGAUUGGGAAUUUGUGACGAAACAGAAACAGGUUGUUAAGCUUCCGAGUGCGAUGCCGGUUGACAGAAUAUUAGCCAAGUAUGUGGAAAGAAACAACGAAAAUGAGAAGAAAAGUAUUAUACAAGAAGCGACACUCGGUAUACGCGACUACUUCAACGUUCUGCUGGGAACUCGCCUGCUGUUUGAAUCCGAACGACCACAAUUUGAUGAGUUGCUGGCAAAACAUCACGACACGUCCACACAAAUGUCGAGUAUCUACGGUGCCGAGCAUCUUCUCAGACUCUUCGUUCAAUUAGGCUCAUCACUGUCAUACACAGUUGUGGACGAAGACAGUGCUACGAUGCUCUUGUCUCACCUUCACAACUUCCUGCAAUUUAUGCAGGAAAAUAUCUCCGAAUUGUUCAAGAAGGAAUACACCAACGUUUCUACGUCUACGUAGAGCAUGUGGGCUGUACAACACUCACUGUCUAUCUCGUGUUUUAUUGAGUGGUGAUGGCGAAACGGUGACGAACGAGUAAGCAGGAAUGUGGCAUUUCUGUUGGUGUUGAUGUUUAGAGGUCGGCUGGUGUCGAUGUUGGUAGCAUCUGGUCGUUGAUAUUUAUGUUUUAUAACUGAUAAGGAGGCAGAGUUUGUGAUUGUAUGUGAUGUGUAGCAAUGAAGUAGUUGGAGAUGUUAGUUGUUGUACAUUGGGUUUUGUGAUGUAGUUGUGUGAAUGAAUGCUGAGUGGUUGUUAUGAUGUGGA